CCCCCAGGUGCCUGCCACACAGUAUCUCUUCCUAUGUAGAGGAGGCUCUGGGACUCCCUGCCCUUAUCACCCCAGCCCCCUUCCUGGGAAUGGGCUUGGGGCUUGUCAAAGAGCCAUCCAGCUGUCAACCCCACCCCAGCUGGCCAGUUAAUGAGUGAUCAGGGCACUGGAGCCUGGCCUAUAAAGAGCUCCUCAUGAGGGAAGUGGAUGGGAGUUGGUGGACAGCGGCAGUAGGAUACAGACGGAGCAAGAUGCACGGCAGCCUGGUGUCAGGGCUCCUGUCCUCGGUGGUCCUCCUCCUGCUGCUGCAGGACACACACUCAGUCUACAUUCAGCACCAAGGCUUCCAGGUCCAGCUGGAAUCAGUGAAGAAGCUGAGUGACCUGGAAGGGCAGUGGGGGCCCAACCCCCGCCUCCAGACCCAGAGCUUCGUGCCCUCCAUGUGUCACCACCCGGCCCUGCCGCUGGACCUCCAGCCGGUCUGCGCAUCCAAGGAAGCUGCCAGCGUCUUCCAGGCCUUGAAGAGCAUCGCUAAGGACGACUGCGAGCUGUGUGUGAAUGUCGCCUGCACCGGCUGCCUCUGA